UGCCGGUAAAUAACAAUGAGUCAGACAGCUGAGCAGGUUAGGUAGCAAGUUGUCGUUGAAAUACUUUCAAACCAAACUAUCGUUAGUUGUAACAUACCUAUGGCGGAGUUCGGUGAGAACAAUGGCCUCGAAGCUGAAGAACAUGACGAGACAAACAGCAGAAAUGUCCCCGAGCCUGUGUGCGGACCAGGUGACCCCGCGGUGACAGUCCCUCGGGGGCCGGGGUCCUCAAAUCAUGAUCGGAGGAAAAAGUUAGUCCUGCAUAUCGACCUCAACAACACUAUACUGGUGUCGGACUCCGUGAUAGCUCAUGGGACAGAAGCUUCCCUGGAGCAUUUCCUGUCGACUGUCACCUGGGGAAAGAUGAGCAAAGGAAAGUGGGAAUGGCUGAGUGACUCGACCUCCCUGCUCCCACCGUGCGAUGGUGCCGUUAGUUACUACUCUCAUUUUGGACGGACGGCAGGUUUCACCUCUGCUGCGGGGAGACGUUUCCGCGGGAUUCUGGAUGAGCAUCUGGAUCUGCUCCAAUGGCGCGAAGGCACCAAGGGGAACAAAGAGCUGUAUGUAAAAGGAGCGGGGGGGCAACUGUACCACUGGAUCCUCCCCUCCUUCUUCCAGCUGCUCAGAGACCUGGUGCAGGAAGGAAGAGACUUUGCCGUCAUUUUUCGUACAUUUGGGAACGACCUCCCUCGUGUGCUGAGUGCUUUAUCCAGAGCACUGAAUGAAGGGGCUCAUCCACUGUUCCCUGAUCUGUCUGAUCUCAAGAUGAAUGUGAAUGUGACUCCAGGGAAGAUCCGCUGCAACAAGAAGGGAAUCGUCCUGACCCGAGCCGAGGACAGCAUGUCGACUCGUGACGGAGAACGAGGGCUGUACCAGUACUUCAGCUCGGCUCAGGGCCUGGGGGGCUUUCAGGACCACUUCGACUGGUGGUCCAGUAAUACCUUCUCCAUCCGUGGGGGUAAGCCGCUGUGGGUCGACCCCUUCGACCAACAUGUUCAGCACAUCUUCAUAGACGACAACAUACGACCGAAUGACGAGAAUACCAUUGUUCAUCCCAAGGUUUUCUUGGAGCUAGGAGGAGCAGAGACUCGUACAGCCUGCACCUCUGAGCUCUAUGACAUCACACUAGUCCAGACCGACCUCCUGCAGGCCAUCUCUCAGCCAAACUACUUCACUCAGCGCGUCCACAUCUGCCUGGAAAACUAUGAGAGCAACCUCCAGCAGGGGGCAGGCUAGAGCACAGUUCAACUGUAUGUCUGUUUGUCUAUGUGACAACCUCCACUUUAGGGUUCCAUAUACCCACACAGUGAAAUCCCAGCACAGACAGAGAGCAGCUAGGGCUCUGAAACACAGGAGUUCAUCAAACCACACAUGGGAGAAGGUUGAAGGUUACAGGAAUACAUAUGCAGAUAACACUUAUUAUCUGAAGACGGCAGCUCGAUAAAUAGGAUUUUAAUUCAUCUCAAACUGUUCAAGCAACACGCAUACUUUAGGAGAGCAGUACAAGGAUGUCAGCUUAUACAAAGGGCACUACACGAAUAGAUUGUACAGUCCUAGGGUGAACCCUACAAAAAGAGUUUUUCACUGGAUUAAGCACUGAAGUGGCCUCUUUGCAUCAAAGGCUCUCUGACUAAUCACGCCGCGGGAUAAUUGGCCUAACUCCUCUGAAAUUUGUGUCAGACAGCAUAAUUGGGGUCAGAUAUGGUGAAAAGAAAAAGCCUUCAAGUGUUGCGUUACUUGUCUAGCGAGUAGAAUCCACCAGGGAUUCACUUCAGCUCUUCAUUUGCCAUCCUCAGGGUUUCAUGUAGCUUCUCUCUUAGCUUGUUUUAACUUCCAUUGUUGGCCGUCGUCUUCAUCGUAUACAUCCACUCCGAACUGCAAGGUAAUACUUGAAUAUGUCCAUAUGACUGAAAAAGAAUCAGAUUACUGAGUACAGUGUAUUACUUCAAAGCGCACUAUAAUUACAUUAUGAAGGCAUCAAA